CGCAUUUACACUAGCUGGUUUUCCAGUAUAUUAGUGUGGUGCCAUGUUAUAAUGAAAAGCAAGAAUGGACAGAUAAUGGGCAAUGGCAAUUCACUGCAGUAUUAUCAGUGCUAAGAGAAAGCCCUGAAGCCUGUUAAAUAUUGAGGAAUUACCUUUUCUCUUGUUUGUAUUUAAGGUCAGAAUUUAUAUCUUGGUUUUAAUGUGUUAUUUUAAAAUUAAUAAGAGAUUUCUCCUUGUGGUAGUGUGUAGCAGUUGCUUUGUUGCAGCUUAUUUCUUCAGCUACCCGUGUACUGGCCCAACCUUACUGCAACUUGAAAAAAAAUUAUUUAAUGGGGUGCAGUUAUUGUCUGUAUGUGCAGCUUACACAGAGCAUUUUACAUAAUGUGUGCUGAAUCCAGUUUAGCAUAAAAUGAUUGUGACCUAGUCUUGUUUCUUUAAACUUAAAACGAAUUUGAAGCUGUUCUCUGAAGAGGGUGCUCAGAUUUUCUGUGAAUUUAUUUCACUUUAAGGGACGUUCUACAUAGGAAAAGCUGAGAGAUUUUCUUGGAAGGUAGGAGAAGAAGGGACAUGUUGGUAUAACAGCAUAAUUUAUCUUUAUGCGCUGAACAUAAGUACAUAAAAGUUGGUUCCUGAUCUUCAUCAUCCCCCUUUAAGUAGUGCUGUUACUACGUUACUUGAAAGCGAGGAAUAACCUGGUCAUGCUACUUGUACUGCAUGUUGAAAUGACAUCAAGCUGAGCACCAAACUUUUGGAUAGUCAGUGAAGAAAACAGCAAAACAGCCCUUUGCUGGGGAAGUUCACUCCAUUAUUCUAUUUUUGCUGUGAGAGAAUGAAUAAGUGCUACAAAACUUUUUGGGCUUUAUUAAUACAGUGUUUCCUAACUCUCUGUUACAAGUGUCUCGGUUUGUUCCAGAAUCCUUUUUUCUUUACUGUCAUCACUGACCUUAAAUUUACUCCUCCUCUGGAUCUCUCUUAAAAGGGUUAUUCACCAUAAGACACCUUUUAUCAUGAGAACUGUUCCAGGUCUUGUCUUUUCCAUGGUUUUUGCAAAGCCUGUUUCAGUUCUUUGCGUUAGAGAAAAGGAACUCUGUCCUGUAGACAUCCUUCAUUGCCCUUUCUCUGGUUCUGUGCUUUACUAGAAGUUCUGAACUGAUGUGAGUCUGGCUUUGUGCUGAGUCCUUUACAGAACUCCCAGUGUACCAUAAGAGUACAGUGUGAGCCAGCAAGAGGGAGGCAUCUCUGGGUAGACCCAGGUGAUUUAAUUAUUAGCAGCAGUUGUUGAAUUCAGAACUUUUAAAAAGGAGUUAGAGAAAGUAAAAGAUAUGUUGCUUUAUUUUCUAUUUACUAAUGUAAUGUAUCACACAUAAGGCAGAAGCAAGUGAUUCAGUUUCAGAUGGAGAAAAGUAAAACCAAAUACUAGGAUUGCUGUUGUUCUUUUAAAUCCAGUCUGUGCCCUCAGUUCCUCUUGACUGCAGUGGCUAUUGACAGCAAGCAAAAUGAUGCAGUGAUGAGGCCUUUUGAUAUCUCAGGGCAAUGUUGUAUGCAGGUUUAAUUUCAUUAGUUAUUAUUUCAGUGUUUUCAAGUGAAUAAUAAAUACUAAGUAAUUGUGCAGCAGUGUAAAAGGACAACAUAACUUUGAGAAGCUUUGAAUUUCUAGAAGGGGAAAAAAAAGGACAGGAAAAUGUCUCUAAAAUUAAGCCCCAUGAGUGAUGACUGCUUGUGGUGACGUUAUUGCAGCUGAAGUUAUUGUCUGUUCCACUGAGACACUCCUGGUGUGUACCACCACAUUGUCCCACUGAAAAAUUAAAUAGGGUUGUUAAUUCUGAAAGUAAGUAUUCCAUAAGAGUUGGGUAGGAUGUGCACAGUGGACAGCCACAUCUGCCCAGAGGGAAUAUUAAUUUAAUAAAGCGGGGUUACAAGAUUGUAAGUGAUAAUUUGACCCUGUCCUCAGUGCACUUUGGGGAAAGUCUUCCAAGGAUUGGGUUUUUUUGCGCAUUACAAUCUAAUAUUAUUUCUAACAUAAAAUGUUUAGUAUAACUGGAUCUUCUCCGAGACUGGGACACUCAGGUUCUCAUAGUUAAACACUGUCCAGUUUCUGAUAGUAUUAUGCAUAUUAAUGAUUCUGAUAGACAUUUGAGUCUUUAUUUUACAGUGACCUCUUAAAAGAGUAUGAAUUGGGAAGGACGCCUAAUCCUGAUAUUUUGUGUAACAAGCACAUCAAAUUCAACUACUUUCUGCAUUAUGCUAUGGAUAACCUUGGUAAGGUAUUUUCAAGUGUGUCAGUACAGAGUGUGUGCCGUGGAAAUGCUUAAAGGAAACAAACUCUUUAAAAGGUGGGGAAAUACAUGAGUCCAUGUGCAUGCCUAACUCAUAUAUCUGUGGUAGUAUGUCAGUAAUCACAAAGUAUUUGGUUUUAAGAUUGCUUUUGCAUACAAAAUUAUAGAAUGUUUCAGGUUGGGAGAGACUUCCAAAGAUCAUCUAGUCCAGCUCCCCUGCCCUGAGCAGGGACAUCUUCCACUAGAUUAGGUUGCUCAUAUGUAGGAACAGAUUUAUUUCAGGGAUACGCAUUGACCUGACCACUAAGUUCUACAUUCUUAAGUUUUCCUUAAAGUACAAAAGCACAAGUGCUGGCAUGCUGGUGAAUAGUUUGCGUUAUUUAAAUAGCAGGAGUACAAUUAUUGUCAGUAUAAGACUUGUCUAGGUUUUCUUCUUUCAUUACUUUCUGCUUUUCUUGCUGUAUGUUUGCAAUCCUGUUUCGAACUGUGAAUUUCAAGUUUGUGCCUUUAUGUUAUAUUUGGGUUUUUUUCCUUGAUAGGAGCAGAUGCAAUUGCUACUGGGCAUUAUGCCAGGACCUCACUGGAGGAUGAGGAAGUGUUUCAACAGAAACAUACUAGAAGACCACAGAGGCUUUUCAGAAACCGUUUUGAAGUUAGAAAUAAUCUCACAGGAUGCUUUGAGGAAAACGAUCUUCCCUUUAGGGGAUUUAACAAAAAGUUUUGUAAAGAAGAUAGCAGCAGAACAUGACCUUCAUCAUGUGUUAAAGAAAAAAGAGAGUAUGGGGAUCUGCUUCAUUGGUGAAAGAAACUUUGAAAAAUUCCUUCUCGAGUAUUUGGAACCUCAACCAGGUAACUUUAUUUCCAUUGAAGAUAAGAAGGUGGUGGGAAGACACAAAGGUUGGUUCCUCUUCACAAUAGGCCAGAGGGCUCGGCUGGCAGGCCUCAAGGAUGCUUGGUUUGUUGUAGACAAAGAUGUCAACACUGGAGAUGUCUAUGUGGCACCAUCAAGAGAUCACCCUGCUCUGUACAGAGACCUCCUGCGGACAAACCGAGUGCACUGGAUAGCGGAGGAACCUCCGGCAGAGCUUGUUAGAGAGAAGAUGAUGGAAUGUCAUUUCAGAUUUCGGCACCAGAUGGCACUGGUGCCUUGUGUCCUGACUCUAAACCAAGAUGGGAGUGUGUGGGUAACACUAGUAAAGCCAGCAAGAGCUAUCACACCUGGACAGUUUGCCGUGUUCUACAAGGGGGACGAGUGCCUGGGCAGUGGGAAGAUCCUGAGGAUGGGCCCAUCAGUGUAUACCUUGCAACAGGGCAAAAAUCGAGAGGAGAGUCCAAAGAAGGAAGAGAUUGACAAAAUAGAACCAGCAACAUAACGCUUGGGGUUGUUUAUUGAAGGACUUCGGAGAAUUUGCUGCCUGAGAAUAAUAAAAACUAUAAUGAAUGUGGAUUUUGUUGAUCGGUAUGUUCUUAAGGCCAGUUAACUGAAGAGUCCCAGCUCUUGACUGUUAGCACUGAAGGAGUUUAAUGCCAGUCUGGUGUAAUUUUGCUGGACUGUAUGGUGCUAUUUAUGCUAAUAUGUAUCAAGGGAUGUCCUAAGGUGUUCUGUAAUAGUAGUUACACAUAAAAGAAUUUUAAUAUAAAAAUCAUGUCUGAAAUAAUAAAUCUAUCUCUUACAUGUAAGUGAAAUACUUUUUUUUCCCCUUACUUAAAGGUGUACCUGUCCCUAGUAAAGGACAUACAUUAUUUUA